UUCGAUUGUUUGAACCAUGUAAAAAGUCAAUUGUGACAGAACACCACAGCAAUUCCUGCAGACAUGGCCAUGGAGGCAAGCCACAAACGACCUGCGACUGCUGGUGCUGGGCGGAUGCGUGGGUUGAGGGUCAGAUGGAUGCUUUUGCUGAGCCUCAUGUGUGGCCUUCAGACUACCAGGCUUUGGCUCAGUCCACCUCGCCGGUCGCUGCUGGCGCUGAUGCUGGGGGCCAGCAACAGCCCUGCGCAUGCCUUCGAGAAUCGCGUGAAGGAAGUGAAAGGUCCAAAGACUCCUGGGCCCAAACCAGCAGGUGUGGGCCAGGGGCAGAUCGCGGGCUGCGGUGCUGCGCCCAACUGCGACUCGACUGAGUCGGGCUUCUCUUCAGCGGCCGCAGAUGAGGACCAUUACCUGAAACCUUGGGCCUAUCCAUCUGGAGGGCAAGCGCGGGCCAUGAGAGACUUGGAGAAAGCCUUGAAAUCCUACCCGGUUGGACAGCAGGACAUCGAUGGAGGUGGAUUUGAGAUUCAAACCCUGGACGCAGAGAAGGGCUAUGCCUAUGUUCAGUUUGAAUCCUUGAAACGUGGUUACAUCGAUGACGUGGAGUUCCGUGUGACACCCAAGGAUUCCGAGUCGGGCGAGGUCUUCGUGCGCUCGGCCAGUCGGGUGGGAUAUUUGGAUCUGGGCGUGAAUGCAAAGAGGCUGAACCAGCUCUCGCAGCAGCUGCGCGAGUUGGGAUGGACUGCGCCGAAGAUCACGGCGGAUCUCUUCCCCAGGUACGUGAGUGAAAAUCGUUGACGUUGGCGCAACGACCUGCGUUUCCAAAGAAGGCGUUGGAUGCGGGACGCAGCGGACAUGAUGCAUGGGUUGCAUGGGUGGAUGAAGCAAGUCUUGCUC